AUGGCUUCUCCAUUCGUUCAGCUAAACUCUGGCCACAGUUUUCCGUUGAUUGGAUUCGGAACUGACAAGAUUUACGAUCAAGAAGCCAUGAAUCAGGCUAUUUCAGCCGCUUUGAAGGUUGGAUACAGAGGUUUUGACACAGCAAAAGUCUACGGAAAUGAAGGGAUCUUAAGCAAUGCUUUGAAAGUAAGUUUUUCAAAUGUUUUAAUAAGCUGUAGAAUUAUUUUCAUACUAAAAUACUUUAAUUUUGGUAUUUUACGGUCGUCCUAUGUUAACAUGAAAUACUCGAGUAGUUUUUUAGGACCUACUGCCACAGUUCAACCUGACUCGUCAAGAUAUUUACAUUACAACCAAAGUACUGCCAUUUACAGAUGAAUCUGAUAUUAGAAAGCUGAUAGACGAAUCAUUGGAUCUCUUCGAGUAUAUUGAUUUAAUGAUGGUUCAUUACCCAAAGACUAACGAAUAUGCAAAUGAAGCACCUGAGAAUGCAGAAGGACGUGAGAAGACAUGGAAAGUAUUGGAGGAUUACUGUAACCAGAAGAAGAUACGGUCGAUUGGAGUUUCGAAUUUUGAAAUUAAACAUCUUGAAGAGAUGAAGAAGUACAGUAAUGUCAUGCCAGCUGUUAAUCAAGUUGAGUUUCACCCACAUUUUCAAAGAAAAGAGCUGCAUGAUUACUGUAACAAGGAGGGGGUCUUCUUUCAGGUAUGUUGUUGUAGGCAAUGUUGUGUUUGACAAUGGUCGAACGUUUAAUUCGAAAACUUUUUUGAAUUUGUUUUAAAAGGGUCAUUUUUACACUUACUGUAACAUUCUUUGCUUUAGGCAUUUUCUUCUCUCGGCCGUUUCAAUCCAGUCCUAUUAGAAGAUGAAACGGUAAAACAAAUAGCCACUAAACAUGACGUACCUGUAACAUCAGUACUAUUAGCUUUUGCCUUAUGUCAAAAUGUUGGAAUCAUACCAAAAUCUCAGAAUCCAGACAGAAUCGCUUCGAAUUUAAAAGCGAUGGAAGUGAAGUUGGAUCAAAAGGACUUGGAAGAUUUAAAAUCACUGGAUAUUAAUCAAAAUUACAUUAAGCGAUGUACCGGAUGGUUGGUGUUGUAA